AUGACUGGUUUUCUGGAGAUGCGUCCGUUCGGCUCGCAAUACACAAACGUUUAUCUGUCCAUAUUCGCCCUGUUCUGCUUCAAGCUCUUCGUGAAGAUCAGCCUGAACAUCCUCACACACUUCUACGUGGUAAAGGGCAACCGGAAGGAGGCGGCUCGCAUUGCAGCCGAGUUCUACGAUUUCGGCCAGGGCCACACACAAACAGACAUGCCCGAAGUUCCCGACACGGAUCAGUCCGGUAACACCGCAAGGAAGAGAAAAUCCGACCGUUCAGAUGAGUUAUUCUACAGAAAGAGAUCUCGCUGGGGGAUUUUAACCAGUCAGGGCUCAUGGGCUGAUCGUUCUCCGCUCCAUGAAGCUGCAAGCCAGGGACGCCUACUGGCCCUCAGGACCCUACUCACACAGGGUUACAGUGCGAAUCUGGUGACCAUCGAUCACAUAACUCCUCUGCACGAGGCGUGUUUGGGGGAUCAUGUCGCGUGUGCCAGGGCGCUCAUCGAGGCCGGAGCUAACCUUAAUGCUACCACUAUAGACGGCGUGACCCCGCUGUUUAAUGCCUGUUCUGCAGGCAGUGCACAGUGUUCAGAGGUGCUGCUGGAGCACGGUGCCAACCCACAACCCGAGCCAUGCCAACCCUCACCCAUUCACGAGGCUAGCAGCAAAGGUCGGUCGGCGUGUGUGGAGGCGUUGAUAACGUGGGGGGCCGACGUGGACUAUGACAUUCCUCACCUGGGAACGUCGCUCUACAUCGCCUGCGCCUCCCGGGAGCUGCAGUGCACGCGCAAACUUCUAGAUGGAGGUGCCAAUGUGCAGAAGGGGCGUUUCCUGGACACCCCGCUUCAUGCGGCGGCACAGAAAGACUGCCCCGGUAUCAUCAACGUGCUGCUGGAGUUCGGCGCCAACAUCAACGCUCGAAACCUGGAGCUGCAGAGACCGGUGGAGACAGCGCCCCCUAGCAGCCAGGCAGAGUGCAUGUUACUGCACUACGAAGUUACGCCGCGCUCUCUGAGCGAGCUGUGCCGGUUGAGUAUCCGGGAGUAUUUGGGUCGUACGAGGCUGCACCUCAUCCCUCAGCUCAGACUGCCCACUUUGCUCCACAGAUUCCUGCAGCACAGAUAGACCUGUCUGUCUGUCUCCACGUGUCUUUUUGUCUUCUGUCUACGUCUCUCUUUGUUUUCUUUAUUAAUGCUCAGUAUUAGUGACACUGUAAACAUUUGGGUUGGAAUUUAUUUAAUAAAAACGCAGUGUGUAGCACACAUAACCUGUCUGGCCAAAAGUAUGUGGACACCUGACUGUGAGCUUGUUGGACGGCCGAUUCCAAAACCAUAAACUCUACAACCCUCCACUGCUGACUGAGGAGCGCCGAAACUGACACACGCCCCCUCCAACCAUAAACGCUAUAGUUAGUAUAGACCGCAUUUACUGUUCUGGAGUGGCUUUACAUAAAAUUGUGAAAUGAAUCCCAUAUUUAUUGCUAAAAUAACUACACUACAUGGUAUCUGUGUACUUUUGGCCAUACGGUGUAUGUUUCUGUUCACUAUGAUUUAAAUUUC